GUUGACAUUCAACAUGGCGGCAUGUCGUCAGUGCUGUGCUGUGUCGUGGUGAGUUGAAAUUUUCAUAAAUUUAUCCAAAAUUUCCAUCUACUCAGCCUCAACAACUUGUGUAACUAAGAACCUCAAAAUUUAGUGUAGCAAAUUCAAAAAAAGUAACCUGCGUUCUACUCACCCGUGUCAACGACUGGCCUUAUGGACAAAAAUCUCUGGAGCAUUACAGCACAAUACGCACCCAGCACGCAUUGAAGACAUCUGAGGAUUUUUUUUUAGUUAUCAUAUCACCUAUCUCUCUUACUCUCCCAUAAAAAGAAAAAAAUUACAAUCGAGUGACUACCGGGCCCUUUUCUUAGUUACUGACUUUUUUUUAUUUCAAAAGAAAACAAUGGAAUUUUAAUAGAAAGAAGAAAAAAAGAACAUUGUGGACAUUGUGAUUAUUUUUUAUUUUUGAAUCAAAGUGAUUUUCAUUUUGCCGCAGCGCCGUUUCUCAAUCAACUGACAUUUGCAUACCAAAACCAUCCCCCCCUGUAAUAUAGUGUGUGUGGUAUUUGCGAUAAAAAAAAAAAGAAAAUACCCAUAUUAUAUAUUUGUUAUUAUUAACCAUUCUGUGAUAUUCACUACACUUAAGAAACGAUAAGAAGUGAACAAGUUUUAAAACACAAACAAAAAAGAAGAAACAAACAUUUUUUUUUAAUAAACAAUACAUAUAUAAACAGCCACUGAAUGAAUAAUAUGUCGAACAAUCCUCAGUGGAAAACGUUCCAGCCGCCUCCCGACUCUUUGAACCAGGACCCCAUCAUAGAUUUUAAAUCUAUGGCGAGUAACGGUAAACCGUCUCCAGGUCCAUUCAACUAUAACAGAACCGGCUCGAACUCGCGUUUCAGUCAGGAUUUUCCGUUGCUGGGCACGGAAAAGCCCAGCGCCAGCCAGAUGCCCUACAGCAACGGACUAUAUGGUUCGGCCAGCGCCACCAAUGCUAGCGCCAGGAAUUUUCCGCCAAUUGGAACGUUUUCUUUGGACAGUAACAAUGUUUUUAAUAGUUCUGGCGAUAGUUCCCUGAACACGUCGUCGUCCAAUAACAUCUUUUCCAACGGCAACAACAGUAGCAGCACUAGCUACAACAACGACUCGUCGAAUUCGGCCAAUAUGGGGACAAGGGAAACUGGUAUAAUCGAAAAACUACUGCACUCCUACGGUUUCAUUCAGUGUUGCGAAAGGCAGGCCCGACUGUUCUUCCAUUUCAGUCAGUUCAGCGGCAACAUUGAGCACCUGAAAAUCGGCGACCCGGUCGAAUUUGAAAUGACUUACGACAGACGUACGGGCAAACCUAUAGCCAGUGCUGUAACUAAAAUCGCUCCUGAGGUAAUGAGCGAGGAACGGGUGACAGGUACAGUUACUACAGAGGUUCGAGGUGAAGGUUCGGGGGGCGAUACGAUGGGCCGAAUCAGCUACGAAAACCGAGGCGAAUGUUUCUUUUUGCCUUACACAAAGGACGACGUUGAAGGCAAUGUCGUACUAAGAUCAGGCGACAGAGUGAGCUUCCAAAUUGCCACUAAUAACAGAGGAAAUUUGGGCGCGUGCCACGUAAGAUUGGAAAACCCCAAACAUCCGGUCAAGUAUCAAGGCGUGGUUUGUUCGCUAAAAGACAGUUUCGGUUUCAUCGAACGCGCCGACGUUGUUAAAGAAAUAUUUUUCCACUUCUCAGAAGCCAAAACCAAAGAGGAACUACGAUUAGGUGAUGAUGUCGAGUACACAAUUCAGACGCGUAACGGUAAAGAAGUUGCGUGUAAUAUUACAAAAUUGCCGCCAGGGACGGUUAUUUUUGAGGACUUAAAACCUGAGACUCUUAAAGGACAAGUUACUAAGGCUAUUGAUAAGAGUCCUAGGACUGCUAAUGAACCGUUGCCUGGACGCAUUACAUACAAGGUCGCGGAUUCGAAGGAAAUUAGGGAAAUUUCUUUUAGUGAAAAAGACCAAAUGGGAGAUUUUACACUGAGAUACGGUGAUUGGGUUAAAUUUCAAAUAGCUACUGAUAGAAGAGACGCAUUGGACCGAGCCACUCACAUUGUCUUGCUGGACGAGAGUUUUUCCGCUUCAGGAGAAAAACGCGAACAAGGCGUCGUAGCUUCACUUAAAGAGGGUUUUGGCUUUUUAAAAUGCGUUGAACGCGAAGCCAGAUUGUUUUUUCACUUCAAUGAAGUGCUGGACGUAAAUAAAACCAACGAACUUCAAGUCGGUGAUGAAUUCGAGUUUACAGUAAUCCAAGAUCAAACCAACUCGUACGCAAACAAGGAAAACAGACAGAGCGCUAUCAGGAUGAAAUGGUUGCCUGCCGGGACUGUGCAGUUUGAAAACUUGAUUGAUAGCGAAUUGAGCGGCGUCGUAACCAAAGAAAUACCGUUGAGCAACUGGCAAAAUCGUAGUCCGACUAAAAAUCAAAACGGUUUUGGUGGCGGUGAAGCCAACGAGCCGGGACUUAUUGGAUAUUCAGUCAAUGGGAUUAAGAAAACUAUUACUUAUUAUGCUAAGGAUUGUGAUGCCAAGCAUUUGCCUAGGGUUGGAGAUAAGAUCAAAUUCGACAUAAACCAAGUGAAAAGAUCAAAAGAAUUCAUAGCCGCAAACGUCGAAAUAACCCAAUCCGCAAUGCAAACCAAUGGCAUCAAGCAACAGCCAAUGACCAGAAACAGUACCAACCCUGCCAACAUCAGCAUUGGCAGCACCGGUACCAACAACGGGCAACUCUACCAAGGCUUCAUUGCCGCUCUAAAAGACGGUUUCGGUUUUAUUGAAACGAUGCAACAUGACAAAGAAGUGUUUUUCCACUUUAGUAAUUUCGAGGGGGAUGCCAACACGCUGGAAUUGGGCCAAGAGGUCGAGUACAAUUUGGGUUCCAGGGGUAAUUCUGGAUCUUGUUCGUCUGCGGAAAAUGUCAAAUGUAUUGCCAAAGGUUCUGUAGACUUGCCAGCAGUUCACGGUGAUAUAGUAGAAGGUGUUGUAGUGCGUCCGCUAAGAUCCGUCAAUCCAGACCAAUCAGAAUACUCAGGCCUGAUCAAAGUCCGCACUGAAAAUCCUGAAGACAAAUCGGCCGAAUAUGAAUUUGGUAUAAUGGGUCUGGUGAAUAAACGUGAAUUGUUGCAAGUGGGCGACCAAGUCCAGUUCCAGGUGGACUCGACGCGACGUGCCGCUAACAUAAUCGCGGUGCGUAAAAAGUUGCGGGCUACAGUGGACGCCAUCAAGGGACACUUUGGAUUUUUGGCCUACGAAGUGGAGGAGGGCAAGAAGCUGUUUUUCCACAUGACUGAGGUUAAGGACAAUGUUGCGCUUAACGUUGGCGACACUGUCGAGUUUGUUUUAGUUACCAAUCAUCGGAGUGGCAAAUCUUCGGCUUGUAACGUUGUUAAAGUUAGCGACGUUCAAGCCCGACCUGAAAGACUAAUCAGUAGACUGAGAACUAUCUCGUUGGACGACGCCGGACCCAAACUGUUAGUAGUUCGACAACCGAAAGGACCUGACGGUACAAAAGGAUUCGUCCCGAAUUCCAGGACGCGUCACUAUCCCGGCACCAUUACCGAAUAAUAGGGCAAUUUUUUUUUUCCUGGCACGGCACAGUACCAAAAAAAAAACUUUCCCCAAAAAAAAAAAAAACAACAUAUUCGUUUGUAUUUUUUUUUUUUUUUUCCAAAAAAAAUGUGGCGUUCUUUUGAAGAUAUGUAAUUUGUAAGUCAUUUAUUUAAAAACAAAAAAAAAAAAGAAGAUAUGUAUUGUUGAUGACCACAAAAAAAAAAUUGAUAAUAAUAAAAAAAGGUUAUUAUGAGUAAUUUCUAGAAAAUGUGUAUUUGAUAAAGUGAACAAAAUGCUGCUUAAAUAAAGCUGAAUAUAAUACAAAAAAAAAAAGCUGGUUCUUUUGAAAUUAAUAUCAAUUCUUGGGCCUCAAACAAAACUACUAAUCAAUUAUAAAAUGUUUACAAUUAAUAUUCCUCCAUAAUAAACUGUUGUGGUUGCGGAUAGCUUUAAUUAGUUGAAUUGUUUAUUAAAUGAAAAUUUCUUAGAACAUUUUAUAUUUUCUUAGUACAAGAGUUGGGUGUGGCGGCAACUUAUAUAAAAAAAUGAAUAAAACCACUGCUUGAUACAAAAAAAAAAAAAACCAAAAACUUAUGAAAAAAAAAACAAAAAAAAAAAUGAUAAUCCAUUUGACAAAUAUAUAAAUUGAAUACAAUGAAUUUAUUAUUAGAAUUAUUACAGAGUUAAGGUAAUUAGAAACUAGAAAGACUGCAAGUAAAACUGUACAAUGUAAGGAACUUUUUUUUUUUUUUUUUUGAGUUAUUCAAAUUUUUAAAACUCAUUUAUUUAUCUCCCUCUAGUUAGUGUUGCAGUCCAUGUGCAGUACCCGCAACAUCGUAUGUAUAUUUUUUUGCAUUAUAAUUUUUGAGGUUCAAAAACUGCCAACAAGUAACAAAAAUUGCUUUAUAAUUAAAUUUUAAGAAAAUAAUAUUAUAAUGUACAAGUAAUUGUUUCGAAAUGUGGUUAAUUUUAGCUGUCCUAUUAUUUACCAUUAUUAUUCCUUCCAAACAGCCACAUUUUGACUUAUAUAGUCUAGUCAAAAAAAUAUCCGCCAAAGUUUAAUUGACACAAAAGUAAAAGCAGCUUAAUUUCCUCCACAUAAUUUUAAGCAAUUGUGUAGCCAUAUAAAGACGUAUAGAAUAACAAUUUUAAAAAAGAGCGACUUAGAUGUUUAGGUACUAUGUUUUUAGAUUUAGGACUUAUUAAAAAAAAACGACUUUGACUCCCCAACAAAAAGUAACAGCAGUUUACCAAUUUAUUUCACAAAGCAUAGUUUUAUAAAUUCUAGUUGACUCUUACAGUAAAUUAUUCCUCCAACUAACUAGAGUUUAUAAAAUGCAUGGCACAUAUCCUGUAAAAAGCUAUUGACUAUAUUAUUAUAUUAAUAAGAUUUUUUUUCACUAAUAUACAGGGUGUUCAAAAUUCUAUUUGCACGCUCUGAAACUUCCGCGUGGCCUUGCUUUGUGUAGUUCUUUCGACCCACUGUGAUAGUUUUAGUCAUUUUAUUUUUUCUUCAAUCUUUUUUAUUUUGAGUCGAAGACAUUUUUUAUGCCAGUCUUUUUACACCCUUAAUAAUUGCUCGAAUUUAUUGUUUUUUUUUUUUGUUUUAGCUUUUAGGAUUAUUAAUUAUUAUUAAUUGCUUUUUUUUUUAAUUAUUGAAAUUUUAAGGGCCGGUUUCUUAAUAGCAAGUAAUCCCCGGGUUAAGUAUAAAUCCAGCUGAAUAGGUUUAGUUUACUCUGGAGUUAAAACCAACCCGGAGGCGACUUGCGAUUGAGAAACCGACCCUAAGAGUGUGCUGAUGUGGGUACUGUGAUGCUGUUUCGAAGAGGAACUCGAGGAAAAAACAAAAAUUUGUGGAUUAUCUCCUCUAUUUGUAAAAUUGUUUUAAUUUAAAAAGAAAUAAAAAAAGACAUGAUUAUUAA